GAAGUUCAUUCACAUCGUAGCUUCGUUAGAACAAGUGUUGGAUCUAAAUUCAACGGGAUUCGAAGACAUUGUUGGGAGAUUGAAGGCUUUCGAAGAACACAUCAAAGAAGAAACCCAAGAUGAAGGUCAAUCGAAGCUCAUGUUUGGAAAGAAUGAUAUGCAAGGUAGUGGAAGCCAUAAAACUCGCGAGGAAGAGGCAUAGGCAGAGGUUAUGGUGGAAGAGGAAGAGGACAAGGAAGGUCUAAUGUUUCUGAUGGUCAUAACAAAGGAGGAGAAGCUUCAGACAAGACCAAGAAGGACUACUCUAAGGUUAGAUGUUGGCGAUGCGACAAGAUGGGGCACUUCGUGUCACAUUGUCCUACACGACCAAGAGAAGAAGCUAACCUAACGGAAACACAAGAAGCAGAUGCAUUAUAUAUGCAUGAAGUAGUAUUCCUCAACGAAGAGAGAGUGUUUCCUAAGAGGUUUGAUGAAUGCGAUGGAAAUACGAGUAUAUGGUACCUUGACAAUGGUGCAAGUAACCAUAUGACAUGCAAGAGAGAGUUCUUCUCAAACCUAGAUGAGAGCAUCAAAGGCAAAGUCAAAUUCGGUGAUGGAUCAAACGUCGAGAUUGUUGGGAAAGGUUCGAUCACGUUCAUCGGAAAAACAGGGGAGAGAAGAGCACUCAAAGAUAUCUACUACAUCCCAAGUCUUAAACACAAUAUCAUAAGUCUUGGACAAGCAACCGAGAUGGGUUGUGAGGUUAAUAUGAAAGAAGACUUACUGAUGCUGAAAGAUCCCCGUGGAAGGCUAUUAGUACAAGUCGCAAGGCAACCAAACCGAUUGUACAAGACGCUAAUGGAGGUUGAAUAUCCGAAGUGUCUUCAAAUACAAGAAACUGAUGUUACAUGGAUGGGGCAUGCACGGCUAGGUCAUGUGAACUUUGGAGUCAUGAAGAAUAUGGUAGACAAAGAGAUGGUAGUAGGGAUACCUCAGGUGAUACACGAGAAAGAUGUGUGCAACGCCUGCUUAGUUGGGAAGCAAACUCGAGAUGGUGAUGAGCAUCAAGAUCACCAACACCACGAAGUAGCAGAGAACAACGAUGCAAACCAAUACCAGCAUGUAACAUCAAGAUAUGGUCGUAACAUCAGAAAACCAAAGCGGUUCGAUGACUACAUCCUACUCACUGAAGUUAAAAGUGGCAGACUCUUGCUCACCAUCGAUGGUGAACCAGAAAGUUACAUCGAAGCUGCAGUGAUACAAGCUUGGAUCGAUGCAAUGAAGGCAGAGAUCGAAUCUAUCAUCCAAAAUAAGACCUGGAAGCUCGUCAAGAAGCCGACAGGUGUGAAACCGAUAGGUUCGAAGUGUAUCUAUAAGAUCAAGAGGAAUGGAGAUGGAACGGUGAUCAAAUACAAAGCAAGGCUAGUCGCAAAAGCCUACGUGCAACAACAAGACAUAGACUUCGACGAGUAG